GGCUGGCGUUACCGGUAGUCUUUUGCUCUCCGCAUAACAAUCUGACAGGAAAACACCGAGUUUAUGAUAAAAACUUAAAAUGCAGAGUCAGUGCGCUGCGCCAAACUGUACCAGCGGAAAAUCUGAGGUUCAGCCGCUCUUCCGGUUUCCACGUGAUCCCGAAAGGUCCAAGAAGUGGGUUGAAAAAUGCCAAAGGCAAGACCUCAUAGACAAACCAGCAGAGCAGCUGUACAGAUACUACAGACUUUGUGGAAAACAUUUUGAAACAUCUUUGAUUGAUACUGAAUGUGAGAGCACCGUAUUGAAGGAUGACGCUAUACCAACCAUUUUUGAUGUGCCAAACAAACCUCAGAGUGGACAGAUGAAGCGCGGUAAAGAGCCGAUCAAAGAUAAUGAAGUGGAGAGUAAAGGGAGGAAAAAAGUCAAAAAGUCUCAAGCAGAGACGGCUAAAGAAGAUGUCCAGACAGUAUCAGAGCAGGACGAAUACGAAGAGUAUCUCAAGUCAUUAUUUGAAGUUCUUCUGCUGUUGGGAGAACAAAGCAUUCCUCCUCCAGGGCCUGCUCAUAAUAAAGAAGAAGGUCUCGGGUCCAGCAACUUUCAGGCAUUGCUAGAGUAUCGCAUGAACUGUGGAGAUGAAGUCCUGAAGAAGAGGUACGAUGUGAAUAAGGAGUGCUGCUCCUCUGAGGAGCUCAAUCAGCUGAUUGAGGUGUGUGAAAAAUACAUCCGCAGUAAACUGGUGGAGGAAGUUAAACAAAACAGCUUCUUCUCAUUACUUACCGAUGAUCUGGUGAAGAUCUCUGGAGGAUGGUUCCUCCCUGUCUUUCUCCGGUACGUGGACCAGUCUAACUGCCAGCAGGAGAGGUUUGUCGGGUUCUUGAGCUUUGAAGGACAUGGAGACGCCCUGGCAGAGAGGCUGCUGUCUGAAAUGACUGACAGAUGGGGUUUAAAUAUGGAACAGUGUAGAGGUCAAGCCCACUCCUGCUCUGCAACACAUUUUAGCCAAAUAAAAGCAUUUGCUUCCAAACUGAUGGAGAAGUAUCCGAGGGCAGUGCUUACAUUGAGGGCUACUCAAACCUUGAACAUGUCUUUGGCCAACAGUAUGUCUUUGUCAGGAGUUCAGCUUGUCAUGUCCACGCUUAAGAAGAUCGAGUCUUUCUUCAGUCAGUCCUCUUUGCUGCAGCAGGAGCUUGAGCACGCCAUUUCAAUUUUCUACCCGGACAAAGAAGAGAAAGCCAAUGAACUGAAGGAGAUCUGUCAAACCGGCUGGACCAGGAGAGACGAUGCAUUCGACACGGCAGUGGAAAUCUUAGAGGCACUGCUGCUCUGUGUGGACAGCGUGCAUGACAACGAGGACAUGAGGUGGGACGAUCAAGUCACACACGAUGCCUUAGAAAUUUCAAAAGCUCUGGCUGAUUUUGAGUUCAUCAUGGCGUUGAUUGUGCUCAAGAAUGUUACGACGCUUACCCGGGCCUUUGGGAAGAACGUACAAGGUAACGCAACAGAUGCUCAUUUUGCAGCAGCCAGUUUGAAAGCUGUAUUGCACUCCCUGAAAGAAGUGUCUGACAACAUUGAUGUGUAUCACGAGUUCUGGAGCGAUGAGGCUGUUAAUCUUGCCACUGCCAUGGAGGUCCCAGUUAAGGUUCCUCGGUCGUUCUUGAGGAAGCAUCAGGCAGAAUCUGGAGUCGUUCGGCUGGAGAGCUACUACAAGGAGCACCUGUCUGUUCCUGUAGUGAACCACAUCUUCAGAGAAAUGAAUGAGAUCUUCAGUGAGGAUCACCUGAAGACUCUGAGAUGUCUGUCUCUGGUCCCUGCUGUCAUAGAGCAGCACAAGUCCACAGAACCUGAAGAGGAGAGCGUGCAGAUGUUUAACAGUGACAUCCCCAAUGCAGGCACCCUCUCUGCUGAGCUGCACUGUUGGUGGGUUAAAUGGAGCAAAAAGGGCAAAGGCGAGACAUUGCCAUCCAGCCUCCAUGAAACACUGCAGCUGGCUGAUGUGAAGUUCUUCCCCAACAUGCUGGCCGUGCUGAGACUUAUUGGCGUCCUGCCUACCUUGGCUCUGCAGGACAGCUGUGAUGUGGCGUACAGGCGCUUCAGGGUGUACAUGGAGAACACGCCUGACACAUUUAAAUCAAAAAGCCUCGCUCUUCUGAACAUGAACUACGACGUUGGGUUUGAUCUGGAUUCACUGGUUGAGAUCUACAUGAAGACAUACCCUGACAGGGAGGAGGAGCCUUAGUUGUUACAUGCUAUUUGGGCCUCUGUACAGAUGAGGUGUUUCUUACUUUGUAGCCCUCAAUGUAAAGUAGGAUCUUUUGUUGGCUCUUCUGUUUUUGGUGUAAAAAUGUAGAAAUGCUGUUAUUACAGACAUGUCUGAACUGUUCGUUACCCCUCAACUCACUCCAGUAGUCACUUCUCAUGAUGUUUAUGCUGUGUUCGAAAUAUGUGACAUCAGUGAAUGAACUCCUUACUGGAGAUCCCAGCAGGCUUACUACCUUGUUCUGAUGUGAGUUGCUGAAACUGUUUUUUUACUGUGUCACCCAUAGAUCUGCUGACUUUUAACAAGAAAGUAAGGGGGGGCAGCUAUAACUCCCAGUCUGAAUGUGUGAAUAAAGAGGAAGAAUCUUUGAAUUGUUA